AUGGCCAAUCCAUCUCCAUCUUCUCCUGCUAAUGAGUAUGUUGAUCUCUUCCUGUUUGCAUGUAUUGAGGAGGUCCUGGUUGGUGAUCUUUUUGUGGCCAAAAUAUCCUCAGGAUUCUCCUCAGAUUCUUGUACAAAUGAGUUAAAAUAUGUAAGUCUGAGUGACAAUGUCUUGCACACAUGGACAGGCCCAAUAACGAAUGUAAAAAAACUGACAGUUGUAGACUUAUCGACAAACUUUUGUUCUAAUAUUUCAAAGAAAUUUUUCAGUCCAGAUUUCGUCAGUUUAAAGUACUUACUGCUGCAAAACAAUCUUUUAGGACUCGUUUUACCAACAGAUGUCCAGGGAGAAAUAUUUCAAAACCUGUAUAACGUCGUGUACAUUAAUCUUUCUAAAAAUAAAAUAACGAAUAUACCAAAUCUGUUAUUUAAAAAGCAAUACAAUUUAAAAAGAUUAGACCUCAGUGAAAAUAUGAUUUGGGAUAUCAACUAUAAACUUUCACAUAUGAAAAAUCUCAUGUUUUUGAAUUUAAGGAAUAAUAGAAUAUCUAUGCUGGGUGAAUAUGCAAUGACCGAGUUGGAUUCGAUUGCCAAAAUGAAAAAAAAUCUCACUAUUGAUCUUGGUGGAAAUAAUCUUGUAUGUAAUUGUGAAUCUCUGUCUUUCGUCAAAUGGAUAGUUAACACACCUACUAAUCUUCAUCGUCGGGAGGAAUACGAAUGUAAAACUUCUCAAAAUACCAUCAUUCUUUUUCGAAACCCAAAAGAACUUUACGAAACCAUACUUAAGGAAUGUAUGUCGUAUGAAGGUAUAAUAAUUGGAAUUACAACAGGAAUAUUAAUUUUUGCUUUUAUUCUUUGUGGUGGUAUAAGCUACAGAUACAGGUGGAAACUCCGCUAUUUAUACUACAUGGUCAAUAUCAAAUUGCACCAAAGCGAAUAUAAAUCAGCCAAUACAGAUGAAAGACUAUAUAUGUAUGAUGCUUUCGUAUCAUAUGCCAAUGAAGAUCAAGCAUUUGUCCACAAUACACUUCUUCGUGAAUUAGAGAGAUAUGGUGGAAUUCAGUUGUGCUUGCACAAGCGGAAUUUCCUACCCGGAAAUGACAUUGCCACUAAUAUUACAUCCGCAAUUCAUAACAGCCGAAAAACAACUGUCAUAAUGUCUUCAAAUUAUUUAGCUUCGUACUGGUGUAUGUUCGAAUAUAAUAUGGCUAGAAUGGAGAGUAUAUAUGAGAGCAAUUGUGAGAACAUCCUUUUUCUAGUAUUUUACGACCAAAUUUCUGCUUGCAAUCUUCCACUGCAAAUAAUCGAACUGGUGCAUUGUCAAUCAUAUAUUGAGUAUCCAAAUGAUGAGUACGGCGAUGUUGUCUUUUGGGAACAGCUUAAAAGGGCAAUUAAAUCCUACUGAUGAAUCUUAUCUCAAUUUGACGCUAUAUUUUUUAGAAUUAUCAAAUGAUUAUAAAGA